UCUCCAACCAUGCGAGCCAGUACAAUCAAGCGCUCUUUGGGAGCCGAAUUGACCCAUAAGAUCAAGGAGUCCCGGGUGCUCUUGGUCGGUGCUGGCGGCAUCGGCUGUGAGUUAUUGAAAAACCUCGUCCUCACUGGUUUCGGCGAAGUCCAUGUUAUCGAUCUCGAUACCAUCGACCUCAGUAACUUGAAUCGACAAUUCCUCUUUCGACAUGAGCAUAUCAAGAAACCCAAGGCUUUGGUUGCGAAAGAGGUGGCCCAUAAUUUCCAACCAACCGCGAAAUUGGAAGCCUACCAUGCGAACAUAAUGGACAGUCAAUUCAGUGUCGGUUGGUUCAAGUCAUUCGAUAUGGUGUUCAACGCCUUGGACAACCUUGCGGCUCGGCGACACGUGAACAGCAUGUGCCUGUCAGCCGGGGUACCGUUGAUCGAGAGUGGGACUACCGGAUUCAACGGCCAGGUGCAGGUUAUCAAAGGGGGGGAAACCGAAUGUUAUGACUGCAAUCCAAAAGCGACGCCCAAGACUUUCGCCAUCUGCACAAUUCGCACAACACCAACACAGCCCAUCCACUGUAUCGUGUGGGCGAAGAGCUACCUUCUACCACAUCUCUUCGGCGCGAGCGAGGAGGAAGCGGCUGAGCUGGACACCACAGAGAGCUCCGAGAAUGCCGAUGAAAUCGCAAAUUUGCGCAAGGAGGCACAGACCUUGAAAGAGGUUCGCAAAGCCAUGGGAACGGAUCAAUUCUUUGAAACUGUGUUUAAAAUGGUGUUCGAGGCGGAUAUAGAACGACUACGGGCCAUGGCGGAUGCUUGGAGGAAUCGUGAGCCUCCAAAGGUGCUCGCCUUCAAGGACCUCCUGGAACGUUCCCAAUCGACCGUGGCUCCCAGUUCAAGCGCAGACCAAAGAUCAUGGUCGGUGGAAGAGAACUUUAUGAUGUUCAAAGACAGCCUGACUCGGCUGAGUAAAAGAUAUAAGGAAAUCCAGAACAGGGCAUCUCCAGAAGAUCCCGAGCCAAUCUUGACAUUCGACAAGGACGAUGAGGAUACGCUGGACUUUGUUACCGCCACCGCAAAUCUUCGGGCUGAAGCUUUCCAUAUGGGCUUGACUUCGAAGUUUGACACGAAACAAAUGGCGGGCAACAUCAUCCCGGCUAUUGCAACAACGAACGCGAUGACUGCUAGUCUUUGUGUGUUGCAGUCUUUCAAGGUUCUCCGAAACGAUCUGUCGAGUGCGAAGACUGUAUUCCUUGAACGGUCUGGCCAGAGAGCGAUCAACUCCGAAGCUCUUCGCCCUCCUAAUAAGAAGUGCGAAGUGUGCAACGUUGCGCGUGGUAUUCUCACGAUCGCUCCCAAUGCGACGGUCGAGAAUCUGGUGCAAGGGGUCCUUCAACCGGACUUUGGCUACACAGAUGAGCUCUCCAUUCGAGUAGGUCAGGAGAUCAUCUAUGGACCUGACAUGGAAGAAAAUAUCUCCAUGAAGCUAUCAGAAUUUGGGAUCAAGCACGACACUACCUUGACUGUCGUUGACGAGGAUGACAGAGAGCAAGAUCCUCGCGUCAACUUAGAGUGCUGGGUCACGGAAAGAAACGAAUCGGAGCCACCUUCAAAGCCCAUUACAUUGGAGGUUAAAGGCGAGAUCCCAAGGAUGCCUGCACUGGCCAAGGCAGACGCACCCCUUGCAGACUCUGUGGAUCUUCCAACGGCUGCAGAAUUGACCUUGCCCGAUGAAGAAGCCCCCUUAAUCGUCACGGAUGGCGCUAAUGGCCUCGGAAAACGUAAACGCGAAGGGGAGGAGGAACCUGUCACAAACGGGCACGUUGAUAAAAAGGUUGCGGGCGAGUCAUUGCAGACGACGAAUGACGCCGUGGUCGUCGUUGACGAUGACCAGAACGGUGCCAUUGUGAUCGAUGAUUAG